UCGUUGUUACUGCGCGCGCGCGAACUCCUGAGGAGAAGUUCACAGUGAAGAUGAAGUCGCGGAUUGAUUAGCGGUGAUUAAGUGAUCGGUUUUUCGCCGUGAUGCUGCAGUGGAGUGACAGGAGUCCUCAGCACUGGCGUGAGUUCGUCAAUCACGAGGUUUGUGUGACGGUUCAGGAUCAGCAGCGCUUUGAGGGGCGCGUGUUCACGGUGGACCCGGUUUCUGCGAGUGUGGUGCUGGUGAGCGUCCAGGAGAACGAGCGUCCGUCGGUGAGGGUGAUUCUGGGUCACGCGGUGACAGACGUCCAGAUCCUCAGGAGAGGAACGGAGGAAACGGAGCGACAAAUGAAGAGCGUCUUCCUGCCGGACCAAACACAGAUUCUCAGCGCGGAGGAGCUGAAGUCACGACGGGAGAGUCUGCGUCUGUGGCUGGAGAAGAACCUGGUCCCGGUGACCGAAGACGGGGAGGUUCUGCGUGUGGCGAACGCUCUGACCAUCAGCGCCCCCUACGGGCCCGGAGACUGCAGCUGCGCCAAUGAGAUCAUCCUGGCUCGCAUUCAGAGUCUGGUGGAGAGCAACCCUGGAGCAGAACAAACCUCACUGUCCCAAACACACCAGUGAGUCUUCAAUCAACCUGAUGAGAAGAUCUGAGAACAGUCAUUAAGAUGUUGCGUUUACAAGCUCUUGAUUCUUCAUGUAACAUUCAAAGUCACUGGAUUUGUUCUGUUUUUGUUAUGUUAUAAUAAAAGUGUCCUCUGAUGAAUGCAUGAAGAACACAGCUGGUUAUUACAGUCUCAGAUCUAAACUGGUAGUGACAUUUAGUCAUAUUGUGAAACACACAAUCAACAAAACAAAAAAUCAACAUGAAAGAAUCUGUCAUUUGGCCCUGAACCAGCCACAUUUUAUUCUAGGCCUAUUGAAGGAAAACCUCACAGGUAACGACUGAAAAGAAGAACACGUGUCAUUUACGCUGCAACCACUCCAACUGAUGAACUAAUGACUCCGAUCAUUUAGUUUUGGAAGAAGUUUGAGGUGAAUCAUUUGAGAUUUUAAUCAUGAGGUGAAUCAUUUGCGUUUGGAAUCAUUAUGAAUUAUAACAAUUUUUGCUAUUUAAAUCAUAUGGAUUAUGACAAUUAUUUGUAUUUUGAAUAAUUAUAAAUCAUUUGCAUUUUAAAUCAUAAGGUAAAUCACUUGUGUUUGUAAGAAUUAUGAAUCGGUGAAUCGUUUGAGUUUUGUGAACCGUUUGAAUCACUAUGAAUUCUGACAAUUAUUUGCAUUUUAAAUCUUUAUGAAUCAUUCGGUCAAUCAUUUGCAUCAUUAUGAGUCAUUCUAAAUCAUUUGCCUUUCAAAUCAUUAUGCAUUGAAUCAUUGGCAUUUUGAGUCAUUAUGAAUCAUGAAGCAAAUAAUUUGCAGGUCAAAUCGUUAUGUAUUAAAUCACUGGUGUUUUGGAUAUUAUGAAUCAUUCUGUGAAUCAUUAUGAAUCAUGAUGGAAACUGACAAACUGAAUCAGUUGAGUCAUUUGUUGGAACCGCUCCGAUUGAUUCAAACUCAAGACUUUAAUCAUUCAGUGCAAGCGAUUCACUAGCAAAAACCAGAUCAAAAGAGCCGUUCAUUUUUGAAUUGUUUCGUUUGUAAUGAUUUCAAAAGUCACGUAUAGUAAUGGGACAAACAAAACUCAGAUUCAGUUAAACCACUGCGUUACAAAAUGAUUCACUGAUUCCAAGUGCUCCAGUUAAACUGCAUACCACAAAUCAUUUGAUUUUGUUUGGAACUUUGAAGUGGAUGUGUAAAUCUUUUGAUUCAGAUCAGAAUUUCAGAGCAGGUUCGGGAAUCAUUUCACAGAUCGAAUGAUUCGCGAUCCACGCGCGGAAGUCCCAAUUUGAAACGAGCGGAUUCGCGAAUCAUUUGAUUCAGAUCGGGACUAUGGCGCACGGAUCGCGAAUCAUUUGAUUUGGAUCUGAACUUCAGAGCGGGUUCGCAAGAAAAUAAACAUUGAUUUUAAUACAGUAGAUGUGUAGUAACCAUGUUUUAUGUAUAACCACAGUUUUACUACAAACACCAUGAUUAAACUAUGGUUAGUGUAUCAAAACCAUGUUUUUUCAUCCUAAGAGAACACAACGAUGAAUAAAGAGAUGCUUUAGGAUCAACAGAACAUUAAAUAGUUUCCAUGUACCUGUCUAGAUCAAUUCUGAGAUGCAUUUAUGAUUAAGACGCAUAACAGUGACUGUAAAAUAUGUAUUUUAUGUAUGGAAAUGACAUUUUAUCUUGGGAUAUGGGAUAUGGUCAUUGUGCUACUUUGGGCUGUUUUUGAUUGGCAUGGGCUAGUUUUAUAACGCAUACCUGGCAACCCUGGCUGUACAGAGCUUUUUUCAAGUAACUAGUAAAGUAACAUUACUUUUAAAUGAACAAAUAUCUUAGUUAUUUUUUUAAACAAGAAACACAAGUUACUUUGUUCUCCCAUGUAUAGACUGACAGCUCUUAUGUUGCCAUGUUGAGAGAAGUCCUGCAGCCUGAGGAUUAUUCAAAGGGCCUUUACAGUUAACAACAAUACAAGUUUUUUGUUGUUGUUAUGGAAACAAAUAAACAAGCCCAGCCCAAAUGACAAAAAGUAACAACGCAUUACUUUCCAUAAAAAGUAGCUAAUGCAGUUUGUUACUUUUUCAAGGAGAAACGCAAUAUUGUAAUACAUUACUUUUAAAAGUAACUUUUCCUAACACCGGCCUAGUGUUAAUGUAACUCCAUCACCAUUGUUUGCAUGCGCCAAAUUGUACGCACUGUAUUUUUGUCCAGCACGAUCCCAAUCCCAACACA